AUGACCACCGCCACAACCACGGCAACUUCAACCUCCACCAGCCUGACAGCACCAGCUGGACGUCUAUUCUCCCAAGGAGCUGACGUAAAAUAUGGUGACUUUCGCGAUGACCUGCUCAAAAAUGGCUAUGCGGUCAUCAAAGGCGCCGUUCCACGCGAGCGGGCAUUGAAAUACGCAGAUGAUAUCUAUGACUGGCUUGAAGGCUUCAACCUCGGUUUCAAAAGAGAUGAUCCCUCAACAAUCCAUAAAGACCAUCUCCCCGAUAUCAACGAAAAGGGAAUGUGUCUCGGCUACGCCAUCUCUCACGAAUCGUUUACCUGGGCUGUGAGACAAGAGCAAGGAGUAGUCGAAGCCUUUGAGAAGGUCUACGAUACCGAGGAUAUCAUUGUUUCGUUUGAUUCCGUGAACAUCGGAUUCCCGUCGCGCAAGGAUAUCGAGCCCAAUACACCGUGGCCGCACCAGGAUCAGGAUCCCGAGAAGCCAGGAUUCCGCUGCUUGCAGGGCCUUGUGAACCUUUUGCCAAAUGGGCCCAAGGAUGGAGGAUUGAUUGUUUGUAAGGGGGCUCAUUUGCUGAGUGAGGAGCUGCAUGAGGUCUUUAAGGGAGAAGAGAGGAUUUGGUCUUGGACGAAAGAGUGGUACGGCCUGACCGACGCGAACAGGGAAUGGUUGAAGGAAAGAGGAUGCGAGUGGAUCAAGGUGGAGGCUGAGCCUGGUGACUUGUUGCUCUGGGACUCCCGCACCCCGCACUACAACCUGUCAUCAGAGACAUCCCAGCCGCGUUUCUGUGUUUACACUUGCUAUAUGCCAGUGGCGGACGCUACCAAGGAACAGCUGCAGGUGAAGAAGAAGGCUUUUGAGGAGACUCGUAUGACCACUCAUUGGCCAAACGCAAUGCAUGUUGUGGAUCUGCCAGUCUUCAGAAAUGGAGAGCCCGAUCCCCACCAACGCUCGAAGCCUCGAUCUAAGGUUCAGCUUUCGGACCGAGGCUUUAAGCUAACCGGUAUCCCAUAUCUAGAGAGCAUGGCUUGA